CUGUAUGAUUCUAUAAUGUCAAAUUAGAAAUUGUUUUAAAUACUGUCAUAUAAAUAAUUUCCUCAAAAAAUGGCCCCGACCCGGAGUUUUCUUGGAUUUUUAAAUCCAAGAACGAUAACCUCGGUUUUAAGUAGUAAUUUAUCCAAAACUUCUUGUCGUUUCCUGCACAAAUGUAAUAAUUGUAACCAUGUUUUAGGUGGGACCUUGGUAUCACUACAUAAAAAUUUCAAAUAUAACGAAAUACCGAAACAUCGCUUAAUAAACACUUCAAGCAGCUUAAGUGCUCGAUCUGACUAUUACAAAGUUCUUGGAGUUGCUAAAAAUGCCUCUGCAAAGGAUAUCAAGAAAGCAUAUUAUCAGCUUGCAAAAAAAUAUCACCCUGACGCAAACAAAUCUGACCCAGAAGCUCCUAAAAAGUUUCAGGAAGUGUCAGAAGCCUAUGAGAUUCUGUCUGAUGAAUCGAAGCGUAAACAAUAUGACACAUAUGGAACCACCUCAGAUCAGAUGGGUGGUAUGGGGGCCCCCGGCGGUAAUGAUGGUUUCACUCAUCAGUGGCAAUAUAAGUCUACAAUAGACCCGGAGGAGCUGUUCCGAAAAAUUUUUGGUGAUGCUGGCUUUAAAAGUGAAGCUUUCAGUGACUUCGCUGAGAGUCAAUUUGGAUUUGGAGCAGCCCAAGAGGUAGUAGUUAAUCUACGUUUUACUGAAGCAGCAAGGGGUGUGAAUAAGGAUAUUAAUGUGAAUGUUGUGGACACAUGCCCUAAAUGUCAGGGAAGCAGAUGUGAACUUGGUACAAAAGCUAUCAAAUGCACUUAUUGUAAUGGUACUGGAAUGGAAACAUUUUCAAGAGGUCCAUUUGUUAUGAGGUCUACUUGUCGACAUUGUCAUGGAACAAGAAUGCUAAUAAAGUAUCCCUGUGUUGAAUGUGAGGGCAAAGGCCAAAGUGUACAAAGAAAAAAAAUAACAGUGCCGGUACCGGCAGGUGUUGAAGAUGGUCAAACAGUGCGUAUGUCAGUUGGUAGCAAUGAGAUAUUUGUUACAUUUAAAGUGGACUCCUCUAGUUACUUCAAACGUGAUGGGCCUGAUGUUCACACAGACUGCACGAUUUCCGUGUCCCAAGCCUUAUUGGGUGGCACCGUAAGAAUACAAGGAUUGUAUGAGGACCAUACAUUACAGGUUGUACCAGGAACGUCGUCCCACAGUACAAUCCGUCUAUCGCGCAAAGGCAUGAAGCGAGUGAGUCAACAUGGAUAUGGUGACCAUUACGUUCAUAUUAAAAUACAGGUACCAAAGACACUAAGUGGAAAACAGAAAGCGCUGAUGUAUGCGUAUGCGGAACUAGAGGAAGACACUCCGGGUCAAAUUCAUGGCGUUUCUUUCGAUAGAGAUGAAAGCACAAAAAGUAGCGAUAGUAAUCAGACGAAAUCACAAAAUAUACAUCCGCAGAACAGAGACUCUGAGGAGACGAAACGCGAAUCAAAAUGGACGUUUCUCGAUAGUUUGGUGCAGGCCUACGAAAACAAUCGCUCGGCUUUCCUAUUAGGUGUAUCUGUAAGCCUAUUUGUUAGUUGGCUUAUAUUCUUUGACGCUCCCAAGUAUAAUAUACAAGAAAUACAGGAUCACGUUGAGACUCGACCGUUGGAUGUACCAAUGGGUUACCAAAGAACGAUUAAGAAACAGAAAGACCAGCAACCGGAGCUGUAUGACGCGUAAUUUAAAAACAUUGUCUUAAUAACGGUCUAUAUCGCCGAUAUAAUUGGUUUCAGGUUAAAGAAAUUAUUUUGCGCCAGAGUAUAAAGUACUGUAUUAGACUAUUAUAAACUAUUUAAAAUAUAUUAGACACUAAAUGAGAGUUAAUCGUUUAAUUAUAUAGACGACAUAAUUAUAAGUAAACUGAUAGUUGGGUUGAGAAUGUAGACAAUUGAUUAGUUGACAGAAACUGUAAACCAAUCACAGAAACGCGAUACGAGCAUUUGACCAAUCAGGGUCAAACGAAGCGUACCGUCGUAUCGUUUGCGUUCUCACUGUCAGUGUCCGAGGGAUUUGGGUGAAUAUUUAACGCAAAUAUUCAUGUGUGAAUAUUUUGACAUAAUUGAAUCAAAUUAAAUUAGCUAGAUAUAGACAUAGGGCAAGAUCUAUAGAGCGCACUUAGACUUUGCUCAAACUUGACUUACGAAAAAGUUUGUUUAGUGUACACUAAGUAUAAACUAUGAUUUAGUAUUUAUAGAUAUUUUGCCAGUGCUGCCAGGUGACAGAUACGAUAUCACAUACAGGGUUUGAACACUUAUGUAAAUAAUAAAUACCAUAAUAAUGUGUAAUUAUUUUAUUUCAUAUAUAUCAUAGGUAUUUAUGAAUAUCAUUUCUUUGAAUUCAAAUCCUAUUUUUCCCAAAGUCUAUGGAACUCCAGUAUAAGAUGGCAUGACUGUUAAUUUUAUAUUACGACAUAAAUAAAAAGUCAAGUAAAAGAUAUGAUGGUAAAAUAAAUUUUGAGCCAUUAUUUUUGUUAGGCUUAUAGUCAAGUUUUUGGUAAGUUUCGAUUUCGUGGACUUAAGAUUAAGCUAAGCACUCAGAGAGAUUCGCAGUUUGCUCUAUAAAUACCGACUGUGACUUAACUCGAUAGUUAAGUCUGAGCAAAGUCUAAGUGCGCUCUAUAGAUGUUGCCCAUAGAGAUGACUAUUAGAGUGAGACUGCAGUCUCUACUCUAAAUAAAGGUAUUAAAAUUGUAGGCACUAUAAUCUUAUAGUAUGAUGGUUGUAAUUUAUUUUAAUGUAAAUAAUUCCAUGAAUAUAUAAU